GUGUCGUUUCCCAGCACAGAAGGAAAAGGACAAAGUUAUGUAACGCUGCGAGACGUAAACGCAUGUGAUCCUUUGACAUGUAACAGCCUGCUAAGGGAAGUCCAUAUACGGUCAGACAGGUGUGUCUGCAGGUUCACAACUGUGCUGGGAGGGUUUGAUCUGCAGAGACAGAGACACACAGAGACACACAUAACAAACACAGAGAGACACACAGAGACACAACGUCUCUCAGAGACACACAUAACAGACACACAGAGACUUUAUCUUUCACCCAGCGAGCAGCAGCAGAAGGAUGGAUGACAGCGGGGAGUGUAACCGGGCAGUGCUGGUGUCUGUGGCCCAGUUUGUCCCUGGUGUGAGUCUGGGGAGGAGGCCUGGAGCCGACAAGGACACCAAGACUCUCCACCGCACCCUCAGCAAGCUGGGCUUCAAGGUGGACAUCCACAGUGACCUGAGCGGGGACGAGAUCUACCAGCUGUUUCUGAAAGAGAGCCGGCGGCCUGUGAAGGACUGUUUUCUGGCCGUCUUGUCGUCUCACGGGGACGAGGGAUGCGUGUUCGGGGCUGAUGGGAAACCCGUCCAACUGUGUCGUCUCUUUUCAUAUUUUGACAACGAAAACAUGGAGAAGAAGGCCAAAGUGUUCCUCGUACAGGCGUGUCGGGGAGGUGGUCUGGAUGACGGUGUGGAGGUGGAUUCAGCUGGUGACAGCAGAGACUUCUCACAGCAUCUCUCUAUUCCUGUAGACACAGCUGUGAUGUACGCCACGCCGCCAGGUUACGGGGCGUUCAUGCACCCACUCGGAUCCGUCUUCCUCCAGACGUUCUGCACUUUAUUAAAGGAGGACGGCAACCGUAACCUGGAGCUGACGCGCCUGAUGACCCGCCUCUCCCACCGGGUGGCCUACAGCUUCCAGGCCAAAGGGAAGUUCGCUGGGAAGAAAGAGAUGCCGUGCCUCGUCACACGCCUGACCAGAGAAGUGUUCCCGUUCGCUGAGCCGAGGAAAGACAGCGGCGCCGCGGAGCUCUCGGCCACCUCGCUGCUCGACACUCAACACGUGUCCACACGCACUCCUUCCAUCAGUUAGCAGCAGCUGCAGAGUGGACGUGACAGUUAUGAUCAGCAGGUAUGGAGACUGCUGAGACAGACGAGAUAAACCUGUUGGGAAUGCCCUCACGCUGUCUGACAUCCUGCAGAAAAUCAAUGUCAUCAGGGAAAUAUUCUGCUGAGAUAUUUUGCACAUACUUUACAUACUCUGGAGGAGAUUAGAUAUUUAAAUGUAAAGCUGUAACUCAAAGAAACUCUAAACCUUCAUCAGGUAACAUGAUCAGAGUUUUAAGGUGAAGGAUUUUGCCAGAUGAAGGUCUAGUACCAAAACGUUGCCUACUAUUACAUUCAUUUCCUGCAAGUUUGACAGAGUGCAGGAGUUUAUUGCAGCUUAUGUUUAAAUAUGGGAAAUGUAAAGCUGUAUUUAAUGCACCUGUGUGCUGAUGUUUGAGUGUCUAAACUUGCAAAGAAACUCUCGCAUACUGUCUAACUACAAACUACACACUUCUGUCUAAAAGUGAAACAUUGUGUUUGAAAGUCCAAAGUUAGGGGAAUGGAGCUGAGCAAUGACCACACAGAGUACCAUGUUACUGUUUCUGUAUGUCAUUAUGUUAUGCUUUUAGCCCCCAGUUACUGUGUUUUUACUGCAGCUUAUCAGCAUCCUUCCUCAUCUGCUGCUUGGACUAUUUCACCUGUAGUUAUAAAAUAAGGACAUUGACUGUAAUGUAUUCAUAUGAUCUUUUAUUGUACGACAUGCUAUUUAUCUACCAUUUAAUAUUGAACAUUUUGGUGCUCCAUAGUUCAUCUAAGUGAUGACGAGACGAUACCUCAUGAAGUCAUGAAGCUUUCCAGCAAAGUGGUUCAUUUCUCACGAUACCACCUGUUGGCCAAAGAGUGUAAAAUAGGCACAGAUGAUCGGAUAUAUUUCACGUAAUCCGUUCAUAUCAACACAGUGUGUCUUGUGUGUGGUAUACUGUCACUAAUGAUUGUAUAACAUAACUGUAUAAUAAAUAGAUUGCCUUGAGAGGAAUGUGGCUAUCAAA